UGGGUUUCAGAUUCUGGUUUCAGAAACUUUGACAAAACUUUUUUUAUAAAUUACACCAGAUUCUAUAUUAUUUCAGCAUUCAUUAAAAGAAUAUUUCACUUUUCGUCUGUUGAGGUUAAGCGUUUCCCGUACAAUGUCCGACAAACUUUUCCCGAGUAUUAUUCGGAAAGGUUGAUUUAUUUUCUAUAAGAUGCCGAGAGUGAAACUCAUCCUACAUCAUUAGAUUUGUCUGUGGUAGGAUUAUCUAUGUAUGAGGUUUAAAAUCCUCAGUUACUAGCAAAAUAAUGAUUUGUGUCAAGUACACAUCUUAUAAAAGUACAUCUUUCGAUUCAUUUUCUCGAAACUGUGCAAUCCUCAGGCUGCAUGCAUCUUAAAAUAUCGCAUGCAUUUUUAUUUAUUUGACGAUAAAAUGCAAUUAAUUGCAUCAUUAAAUGAAAUUAGACACGCACCGAUCCUACAUCUGAGUCGAUCAUGCUCGGACUUGGAUUAGUUUUGAGAAAAAAAAAUAUUUGAACUAUUUCACAUAAUAACUAUAUUACUUUUUAGCAUUCUAAAAGCUCUGUGACUUCUUUGGAUUUACAUGCGAGAAAAUUUAUGAAUAAUUAUAAAGUACUUUAGAUGUCUUGAGAGAAAAAGUGCAACAGUGGUUAAAAGUAUAUUUUUUAUUUAGCUAAAAAAUUUAUUCAAAUGAGUAUCUUCAAACGUUCAAUGUUGUAUUUAAUCUAUUAUAUAUGUUCUAAAUCAUUUCUUUAAUAAUUGCUUCAUAUUAACAUGAUUGUACUUAUAGUUCUCUUUUUCUCUUUAUCAUUUGUUUUUCUAACAAUGAUACGAGAGUAAAUGUACUUUUGAUCACCAAACAUAUUUAAAUACAAAUGAUCACCAACUUUUUCAGCAUGCAUCUCACAUUUUUAUUUCUCAACAAAGUACAUAUUCAUUGAGAAUUUAACCAAAUGAACAAUAUUUUUAAAAUUUUAUUUAUAUCCAUUUCAAAAAUUUAAAGCUGCGCUAACUUUCUUGGAACGCCCUUUUGCGUUGCGUUUGCCUAAUGACUGAAUACGUGUUUUAUCGCUAACUUGAUACUAGUUAAAUAAAAAUUAAUAAUCGAACAGAAUGUUUACACGAAUAUACUAAUAAGAGUACAACAAGCGAACAAGAUUCUUGCCACACCAGAAAACUAUUGAAUAUAUAUUAUUGGCUAGAUAUUUAUCCUUCUCGUCGGUGGGUGAUAUUCAAUGGUUUUCUGGUGUGGCAAGAAUCUUGUUCGCUUGUUGUACUCUUAUUAGUAUAUUCGUGUAAACAUUCUGUUCGAUUAUUAAUUUUUAUUUAACUAGUAUCAAGUUAGCGAUAAAACACGUAUUCAGUCAUUAGGCAAACGCAACGCAAAAGGGCGUUCCAAGAAAGUUAGCACAGCUUUAAAUUUUUGAAAUGGAUAUAAAUAAAAUUGUAAAAAUAUUGUUCAUUUGGUUAAAUUCUCAAUGAAUAUGUUUGUAUUGUACAUUGUACUUUGUUGAGAAAUAAAAAUGUGAGAUGCAUGCUGAAAAAGUUGGUGAUCAAAAAAAUUGAUAUCCACGAUACGAACACACAAUUAUGUGCUUGAAAGUAAAACAUUGUAUUUUGAAUAAAUUCAAAACGUACUUUAUAGCAGUGUUGUAUUUGCUGAUGCAUGACUCCAUGGACUAUUUUACUCUAUUAGUAGUAAAAGUUCUAUACUGUAACUGGGCGCAAAAAUGACUGUUAUGCUUGAAAUUUUUUAUGUUUUACCUGCUUUUUUCUGAUCGGUACAGAAAAAGUAGAUUCUUAGCACAUCGCGCUCUUUUUCCUCUUUAUCUCAUUAACAUCUUACUCAUUCUCAAUGGAUCUUCAGAAUCAUAUAGCUGACCAUCGUUCUUUGAGUGAACAAUCUACGGACCGUACAGAGUGUUUAUCCCUCUCUUGCGGAGAAUAAAAGACGUGAUAUUCUAUUUUCUAUCAAGUCGAUUUUUGACGAAGAAUCAUAGAGAAAGCGUCAAAGAAAAUCGUCGGCAGUGGUCAUACGGGGGGUACAAAAUUUUUCUUAUACAUAGUCUGACAGAAGAAAGUGCUUACUUCACAAUGAGACGUUUUCGAGAAUUUUCCGAUGAGUUUUCUUAGGGAUAUAAGCAUCGUGACAAAUGUCCUGAAAAAAGGGGCUGCAAAAUACGUUUUUCUCGAAAACUAUUUUUUUGCUAGAAGGGAAAGAUCUUAAAACAAUUUCCAGAAAUAUACAUCCGCGAUAUGACCUCGAGUACUUCGGGUAAAAUUUUUAACUUGAUCGAAUGAAAUUUAAGCAUAUUGUAAUGUGGCCUAAUGAAAAGCCAAGUUUUCUGGAAAACUGGUGAACGGCAAUAGUUAAAAACUAUUAAGGGCGCCAUAAACAAAACGAAAACGGGCUUCAUUGAGCUUCCAAUUAAUUCUGAAAAUAAGAAGCCUUAAUUACUUUUAGUUUUUAUUUCACAGCAUUUCUACGGAAAGUUUAAAAAGAGGGGUGGGAUACCUUUAACUGAUGAUUUCUUCUCUAACCAGUUUUUCGGAAACUUUGAAAAAUAAUUAAAACUUUUCUUAAUAAGGCACAAUUGUAGCGUGCACAUUUCUGAUUAAAAUGAGACAUCCCCAGCUCUGCACGAUCUUUCUUUGCAAAGUUAUAGAAUUUAUAAGAAAAGCCCUAAAUGUUCAUUCACUAAAUGCUCAAAUCUACAGAAAUAAGAAGAAAUUAAUUUUGGGCUUUUCUUAUAAAUUAUAUAACUUUGCAAAGAAAGAGUAUGUGGAGCUGGGAGAUGUCUCCUUUUAAUCAAAAAUGUGCGGGCUACCAUUAUGGCUCAUUAAGAAAAGCAUUGGUUAUAUUUUAGAGUUUCUGAAAACCUGAUUUUCCAAAACUGGAUCACUGGAGACCUAUAGACAAUUGCCAUGAUCAUAUUCAGAAUCAGUAUAGUCGAUAACCUAUAAUCCAGUAUGUCUUAUUGAAAGAACGAUUUGACAGUUAAAUUAAUUGACAAUUAAAUCGAUUCACAUUUUAUUUUCUGAGCUUUUCUAUCUUGUUGCAUACUAUCUGGUGAAGUCGUUGAACUUCAAAACGAUGUAUAAACGUGAAAUUUGAUACGGCUUAAUCCUAACUAAUCAUCUAUUAAGUAUAAUAACUAUUAAUAUUUAGUUCAUUCGUUGUUCAUAUGAUGAUAUUGAAAAUCUACGAACAAUAUACAAUUUGAUGAAAACUGAUCAUGAUAAUAAAGAACCAAAAUUGAUAAUUAGCUGUUAUGGUGGUGCAAAAUAUUUUACAAUGAAUGAAGAUUUAGAAAAUGAAUUUCUUAGAGGCAUGGCUGAAGCUGCAACAACAAGUGGUACAUGGAUAUUAACUACAGGCUUAAAUAGCGGUGUAUCAAAGUUUAUUGGUGAAGGUAUAGCUCGAUUUAUAUUGUCUACAGAUCAUCCGAAGAAAACGACUAUGAUUGGUCUUACAAAAUGGGGAACAUUAACGGAAAAAACGCGAGCAAUAUUAAAACUUGAAGUAAAUAUUUUGUUUUGGUCAUCAUUAAAAGAUUUUUGUUGA